AUGGGAAGAGUGAAGACAAGCAAAACAACCAAGAGAAAAAAAAACAACCAGCAACAACAGGAGGAGAAGGAACAAAUGCAGUCAAAUAAGCAAAUAAAAAAAAAGGAAGCAACUGAUAACAACAACACUCAAAAGGAAGAACAAUGGCAAACUCAGACCAGGAGGAAGAAUAAGAAUCACACCCAAAACCAUGACCAAGGUAAUACAAUACACUCACAGGAACAGGCACAACAGACCAAAGCAAACUAUGCACAACAGCAAAUGCAGGAAUCAAGUAUGAAGCUCAAACCUUCUGAUACUAAGCAGUUGAAAUCUAAUGCGCAUAUCCUACCAUCCCCAACCCCUGUAAUUGUUGUUGAUGAUCAUUGUGUUGAAAAUGAGACCCCUUCCCCUGAAAUCCCCUUUGUUGUGACUGAGGAAGUUAAUGGAGGGAGGAUGGUUGUGAAGGAGAAACAUACUAACAUGCAGGAAGGGGAACCUAAAGGGAGGGAAUUGUCUCAUGUUAUGCAUGAGAACCCUUUGAUUGACCAUAGGAGUGACCUUCAAACCCCUGCUACCACUAAAAAAAACCUGCAAAAAACUGUUAGAGGUCAAGAGAUUGAUGAGUAUGAUGUUGAGCAUUCAGAAGAUGAAGUGGAUGUUGACAACCAGCCACUUAAUAUUCAGGAUGAGGAUGAUGAAACUAGUGAACUAUUGAUCAAAGCUUUGUCCUAG